UUACCUCAUCUACGACGUCACAUGGUGCUUUCCCGACUGUGCUGUGGGUGUGUCUUAAACCAUAGGGUUUCAUUCAUAAAUACGUUUAGCUUUUAAAUCAAAAUUAAGGUGUUCGGAGAAGGUUGGGUGCCAUUGGUUUCUGACUAAAUAUCCCUGCAUGGACCACAUGAAUUACAAUUAGGGGGACGCUCACGCUCGCCUGGACCAUGAGCAAUGAGUCUACCGUAUGGAAAAACCUAACCGAAAACGCCGCCAAUGUUCCAGAAGACCCCGGCAAACAGGACAGCUAUGUCCUCCUGCUGGUCCUGCUGUCCGUCUUCCUCGGGGGGAUCCUGGUCGCUCUGUCCGUGCUGCUGAUCAUCUGCCGCCGCUGCUGUGAGGGAGAUCGCCGCUACUCCAGAGCCAGCGAUGACCCAGAGAAGACCAACACCACGUACCUGGAGGAGUCGCAGCCGGUGCAAGAGAUCACCAUCAGGGUGGACGAGUCUGACUGCCUGUCGGCGGCCAGCAGCCAUGACCAGGAGACGGAGCGCUUCCUGUCGACGGGCACCACCGGCCGCCGCGUCUCCUUCAACGAGGCCGCGCUGUACGACCACGGGAAGAAGACGCAGGAGAAAGGUCGAAGGUACACUCUCACCGAGGGCGAUUUCCACCACCUGAAGAACGCCCGGCUCACCCACCUCCACCUGCCUCCGCCCGCCCUCAAGAUACUCACCAUCCACGAGUGCGAGUCGUCGGAGAACAGCAUCGCCAUGACGACACGCCCCGCCUCCAAGUCCAGCCUCUCCAUCUUCCAGCCCUCGGUUCGCCCCCUGCCCCAAACGGCCCUCACCAGCCUGAGUGCCAGUCCCAGCUCUGCCCUCCCCGGCGACGCCCUCAACUCCGUCGUGGACACCAGCUUCAGCGACAGCGCCCCCGCGCCCAGCCCCGAAGGGCCACGCUCCAGCUCUAUCGAGGUGAUGGGGGCGGGGUCCCGGAGCGGGAGCAGCCCGGGCAGUGCGGGUGAGGGGGCCUCGGCCUCUGGCGCCCCCUCUGGCAGCUCUGGGCAGGGCACGGUGCUGCAGUUCUUCACCAAGCUGCGGCGCCAUGCCAGCCUGGAGGGCGCCAGCCCCUACUUCAAGAUCAAGAAGUGGAAGCUGGACAGCAGCCAGCGGGCGUCCAGCCUGGACACGCGAGGGUCCCCAAAAAGGAGGCAGUUCCAGCGCCAGAGGGCGGCCAGCGAGAGCAUGGACCAGGACGACCACGACGGCCACCACAUCGACCUCAUCCAGUACAUCGCGCGCACGCACGACCUGCCCUACUGCCCCGGCCGCGCCCCCGGCCCCGCCCCCGGCCGCGACCCCGGCCACGCCCCCGGCCACGCCUUCCUGUCCCCCCCUUCCACGCCACCACCCUCCCUCGGCAGGUUAGAGGUGGAGGUGGUGGUGGAGCCCAGCUGCGCCGGAGGGAGAGGAGUGAUCGGCCUGUCUCCUGAGCCGGUGGAGGAGGGGCCGGGGGCGGGGCUAGGGGCGGGGGCGGGGCAGGGGGCGGGGUCCAGCUGCCACAGGGAGAGCGCUGAGCCCCAGACUCUGUACCGGGACAUCUGGACCCUGCGGGCCUCGCUGGAGCAGUACGCCUCCUCCGACCAGAGCAGCAACAACGACCGCGACUCCGUGCGCAGCGACGCCGACAGCGUCUGCUCGCUAGGGGGCGCCGCCGAGAAGGGGGGCCUGCCCAGCUACCCCUCCCAGGACAUCGGGGACGAGCCGGAGGGGGAGGGGGAGGGGGAGGGGGAGGGGGACGCGGACGUGCCCCGGGAGGAGGACGGGGGGGUGCAGGGAGACAGGGCGGGGCGGCGGAAGCAGGACAGCGUGGAGUCGGAGCGGGGCAGCGACGGCGAGUCGGGCAGCCGCAAGCUGCUGCAGAUGGACAGCGGCUACGCCUCCAUCGAGGCCCCCUGCAGGGCGCCGGAGGAACUGCGGCUGUUCGGCGGGCCGCCGGGGCCCAAGGACAAAACGGCGUCGGAGAAGAGGCUCUUCUUCACCAGCUCGGGCCGCAAGGGCACGGUGUGCGAGAGCCUGGAGGGCGAGCUCUACGAGGAGGAGCUGGAGGACGAGGCGGUGGGGGGCAGCGUGGAGGAGGCCGAGAGCCCCAUGGGGUGGGCGCCCUACGGGCAGAUGCUGGCCCCCCGGGAGGCGCAGCCCCACCCGCACCCGCACCCGCACCCGCACCCCCACCGGCGGGACUACAGCAUCGACGAGAAGACCGACGCCCUCUUCCACGAGUUCCUGCGGCACGACCCCCAGUUCGACCAGCAGGAGUCGCCGGCGCGCUCCAAGCACCGGUCGCGGGUGCACCUGCGCAAGCAGUGGCAGCGCUCCAAGCAGUACAGCGACCCGGGCGUGCGCUUCCCCCCGGCCCUGGAGCGCCAGCGCCACCCGCUGCGCCGCGGCGACAGCGCCAACUACCCGCUGGACGCCGGCUACCACAGCACGCUGCCGCGCAUCGUCAGCGCGCCCGACCAGGAGGAGGCCGGCGAGGGCGGGCACGGCUCCGCCCACACGCCCACGGCGGCCGAGGAGGAGGAGGAGGAGGAGGAGGGGGCGGGGGAGGGGCAGGAGGAGGAGGAGGAGGAGGACAGGAGGAAGGCCAGCCCCGGCGGCAGCACCGGCAGCGGCCGGACCGUCAAGGAAGAGGAGGACCGCGCCUCCUGCUCCCCGCCUCCUCCCCCGGCCCCCGAGCAGCCGGAGCCGGCCGAGGAGGGGGGCGGCAGGCAGGGGGGGCAGCCCCCCGAGCCCCCCUACUCCUCCCUGCCCCCCCCCGCCGCGGGCUACGGCCCGCAGACCAUCGCGGACGAGCUGACGGACAAGCUGGCCGCCUCGCUGGAGGGCGGGCUGUACGCCGCGCUCCGCCGGCCCAAGGACAGCCCCGAGUGCGUGGUGGCCGUCGCCCACGCCUCCCCCGACCACAGCCCAGUGUAGCAUGACUCCGGACCGCCCCCUUG